ACCAUCAAAGCUUCACAAAGCGAGAAUAGAUUCCAUGACUCGCAGCAAACGAGCACAACAUUCGCGACAGACCAAUAGUACAUUUCAGUGCCAUUUUUUAUUAUCGAGUAUGUGAUAAGAAUUGACGGGAACAUAAUCGGUUAGUGCUUCUGUUGUGACUAUCUACUAACAUGUACAAAACAGUGAGACAUGGUGAAAAUAGCCUUCAGUACACCAUAUUACCGCAAACCGAAGAAGUCCUAAGCAAUAGUGGUUUGAAAGGAAAAGGCCGUGAUUAUAGUCCCUCGAUUCACGUGCGGCGAUCCCGUAGAAAGUCAGCGUUGAAGUAUAUAUUGUUAAUAAUUAUCGGUAUAAUUGUGGCUUUAGCGUUUGCUUCUGUUCCGCUCUACGUUCUUAAUGGUGCUCUGUAUGCUAGAAGAUUACAUCAUGAACAACACGAGACGAUAACAGCGGCGCCAUUGACGCCAGCUGGUCGAGAACUGGUAAAAUCACGCAAAAAAGAACUGAAAGUAGCUGCUGAGUUGACAACUCUGAUAUCUAGACUAGAGUCAAGUACCACUUCUACUACAUCAUCUAAGGUAACGUCAACACCGCUUCCAACCACAUUAGCUAGUGAAAAGGCCACUACUCCACCGUGGACGCUACCUGCACUAAGAUCCUGGAAGUUUUCGUCGUCUUCGACCACUAUCAAACCUAUUCCUACAGAAGAUAAUAACGAAAUUCCAUUCGCUGGGACACCACCUGGUGGUGUCCGGUUAUUGGACCAUUACAUGUCCAUGUCGAUGAAACCAUGGGAAAAGGACAUUAUAAUAAGAGCAACAGUUACUCCAGAUCCGCUAACUAUCCGCAACGUAUUUCAAUACUACACCCGAACCAUGAACCCGUCGGAAAAACCAACCACAACAAAUUCAAAGUCCUUCGACGAUGUUUUAAUAACAACAAAACCGACCACAGCACACGCGGCGAUCACCACUGAGUUGAACGAAAUCAAUGACAAGGCAAAAAUGAAAGAUUUGAAAGACGCCAUACUAUCGGUGGACGAUGAUGACGAGUUCAAAGAAUCUUUGGAGGUGGAUGAGGUUUUCUCACUGCCACCUCUAAAACCGGAAACUUCAGUCCAAGCUACCGAUUCAGACGAAGUGACAGUUUCGAAAGCGACUGAACCAGGCUGGUACGGAGCUCGCUGGCCAUUCGUUGAUACGUCAUCGUACUUUCAAUGGACGGGUUAUUCUCCGGGAGAUAAUCUUCUGCUGCCGCUGUUAAUAGCAGCACUGUCCUCCAUUGCCCUGGUUCUAUUGCUGGCGUUAGCUGUCAAACGCCGCAAAAGAACGACAAACGCUUCAGCACAAAUAGGGAAGUUGACCGCCGAUUUGCAAGCAGACGACAACACUAACUUACUCACAGCCGAUAAUCAAGAAGAAACCGAAGAGUGAUGCUUCCCAUGAGCAUUUUUUAUCUCCUCACGUACUAGCAACGGGUGUGAUGGAUUCUGCUAGAAGAUUACUUUCUUGGAUGGCUUUGCAAUUCACGCGUAUAUAUUGAGUUGAUUGUAACUAACGCAAAUUAGGUGUGACAAUCAUUCGGGUCGUUAUUAGACUGAUGUAUUGAUCUUGCUCCUGACAUGUUGUUUUAGGCUUAUAUAUUUAAGGGCACAUUUAUAAAACCCUGAUACAUUUUUUGGAUAUUAAAAUAAUAAUUGAUAAAAAUGGAAUUGAUACGUUAGGUAACUUUGUCGGUUUUUUAAAACAAUUUGUAUUCGUGCGGAUCGUUGUUCGUUCAGAUUUAAAUAAUUUUGAGUGCCUAUCAGUAUAAUGGAGUGUAGGGCUUCGCGCGAGGGCCUUUAGAAAGCAUAUUCAGAGAUACGAUAUAAUUCUGCUUAACGAGUGAUAUUAACUUAGAUUUUGACUAAUUAAUUAAGAUUAUUAAAUGCCAAAGCAGUUAAAAUUAUUUUUGUUAAAUAUCUACAAAAUAAUCGGUACACUGUGAAUAAAAGGCUGAAAAUUAGCUUCGUUUACAUUUGAAAAAAAAAAAAAAAAAAACAAAACCCAAAUACUAGUUUUCGAGAUUUCAAUAAAAAAAAAAUUGCAAUAAAGUAUAUCAUAUCUCUGAAAGUUCCGACAUCUCGUCAGUAUUAACAAAACCCUGUGGUAUAUAAUAAGCGUAUUAUUUUUGGUGUAGUUAUAGUGUAAGGCAAAAUAUAAUAUCAAAUUAAAAAAAAAAUGUAUCAUUCUUCAUCGUUGGACACUAUUAUUGUAUAAUUUGAAAAUAGAAAUAAGACUGAAUAGGAUUGCGUUUCAGUGAGUUUAUUUUAGACAGAGAUUUUUGUUCGUUUCGUCGAUGUUAGGUUAAGAAAAAAAAAAUAAUUAAUUAUAAAUUUGAAAAUGGAAUGGCUUUUAUACGCAACGCCAUUGGAUCGAAUUACACCAAUCACGAAGCUUUUACGUCAAAGCGACAUCUAGCGGAUAAGGAUUAAAGCCGUACGCUACAAUCGAGACCACAGAUAUCACGCUAGCGAUAUUUUAACGAUAAUAAUACCGCACAUUUUAUAUGUAAGUUAGCUUUUGUGUUAGAAUAGUUUUGGGCAGUGUGAUUAUUUUCUACGCUGGAUAACACCGUGUACAUAAAUACUCGAAUAAAUUAUGUUUUCCCACCUAUAAAA